UGAGGGACAGGUUUAAAAUGUUUCCUUUCGAUAGAGAUCGAUCCUGAUCAAACUUGGAUCAUCUUCAGUCUACAGUCUCCACCUCCAUGUUCUUCCUCAUUGGCUGGAAACGUUGUGGACUUUGCCACAUUUACAGGUGAAAUUCUGACUGCUUCCAGAAAGGAGUUCACCUCUGUGUAAACUACAUGGAUCAGUGUGAGGACAGAGAGGAGGGAGUCCCUCCCUCUAAAACCACUCUGUGUGGGGAACAUGAGAGCCAGACCAAAGCUCAGAGGAAAAGACGAGGAACUAAACGUAAACCUGAACCUGGACCUGAACCCAGCUGUGUGUCCUUAAAGAGUGACCGGUCUAAAAGUCCACCCAUUGGAUUUAAAGUUCAGCGUGCAUCUGCUGCAGAGAGAGUGGUCCAGGAGAGCUCAGAGGGUCCCAGUGGUCAGUCUGCCCAGCAGCAUCAAACACACCUGGACUCCAUAUUUAAGCUGCUGGAGGACAACAUCAUCACUUUUGUGAAGAACGAACUGAAGAAGAUCCAUAAGCUUCUGAGUCCAGAUUACUCAGAAUGCUUAGAAAGGGAGGAUGAAGAGCAGAAGAGGAGCAGCAGAGAGGCAUUUGUGAAGAUCACACUGGACUUCCUGAGGGGAAUGAAGCAGGAGGAGCUGGCAGAGCGUCUGCAGAGCAGAGCUCCUAUUAAAAACUUCCAGUGGGGCCAGACUCAACUUAAAUCUAAUCUGAAGAACAAGUUCCAGUGUGUGUUUGAGGGCAUCGCUAAAACAGGAAACCCAACCCUCCUGAAUCAGAUCUACACAGAGCUCUACAUCACAGAAGGAGGGGCUGCAGAGGUCAAUGAUGAACAUGAGGUCAGACAGAUUGAAACAGCAUCCAGGAAACUGGACAGCCUAGAAGAAACAAUCGGACAAGAAGAUAUCUUUAAAGGCUCACCUGGAAGAGAUAAACCAAUCAGAACAGUGCUGACAAAGGGAGUGGCUGGCAUUGGGAAAACAGUCUUAACACAGAAAUACACCCUCGACUGGGCUGAAGACAAAGCCAACCAGGACAUCCAGUUCAUGUUUCCAUUGACUUUCAGAGAGCUGAAUGUGCUGAAAGAGGAAAAGUUCAGCUUGGUGGAACUUGUUCAUCACUUCUUCACUGAAACCAAAGAAGCAGGAAUCUGCAGCUUUGAAGACUUCCAGGUUGUGUUCAUCUUUGAUGGUCUGGAUGAGUGUCGACUUCCUCUGGACUUCCACAAAACUACAAUCCUGACUGACCCUAGAAAGUCCACCUCAGUGGAUGUGCUGCUGACAAACCUCAUCAGGGGGACCCUACUUCCCUCUGCUCACCUCUGGAUAACCACACGACCUGCAGCAGCCAAUCAGAUCCCUCCUCAGUGUGUUAGCAUGGUGACAGAGAUCAGAGGGUUCACAGACCCACAGAAGGAGGAGUACUUCAGGAAGAGAUUCAGAGAUAAGAAGCAGGCCAGCAGGAUCAUCUCCCACAUCAAGACAUCACGAAGCCUCCACAUCAUGUGCCACAUCCCAGUCUUCUGCUGGAUCACUGCUACAGUUCUGGAGGAUGUGCUGAAAACCAGAGAGGGAGGAGAGCCGCCCAAGACCCUGACUGAGAUGUACAUCCACUUCCUGGUGGUUCAGGCCAAAGUGAAGAAGGUCAAGUAUGAUGGAGGAGCUGAGACAGAUCCACACUGGAGUCCAGAGAGCAGGAAGAUGAUUGAGUCUCUGGGAAAACUGGCUUUUGAUCAGCUGCAGAAAGGAAACCUGAUCUUCUAUGAAUCAGACCUGACAGAGUGUGGCAUCGAUAUCAGAGCAGCCUCAGUGUACUCAGGAGUGUUCACACAGAUCUUUAAAGAGGAGAGAGGGCUGUACCAGGACAAGGUGUUCUGCUUCAUCCAUCUGAGUGUUCAGGAGUUUCUGGCUGCUCUUCAUGUCCAUCUGACCUUCAUCAACUCUGGAGUCAAUCUGCUGGAAGAACAAAAAUCAACCUCCCAGAAGUCUGAAACAGGAGAAUCUGCAGAGAAAUCCUUCUACCAGAGUGCUGUGAACAAGGCCUUACAGAGUCCAAAUGGACACCUGGACUUGUUCCUCCGCUUCCUCCUGGGUCUUUCACUGCAGACCAAUCAGAGACUCCUACAAGGCCUGCUAACACAGACAGGAAGUAACUCACAGACCAAUCGAGAGACAGCCCAGUACAUCAAGAGGGUGAUUAAUGAGAAUCUAUCUACAGAGAAAAGCAUCAAUCUGUUCCACUGUCUGAAUGAACUGAAUGAUGGUUCUCUAGUGGAGGAGAUCCAACAGUCCCUGAGAUCAGGAAGUCUCUCCACAGAUAAACUGUCUCCUGCUCAGUGGUCAGCUCUGGUCUUCAUCUUACUGUCAUCAGAAGAAGAUCUGGAUGUGUUUGACCUGAAGAAAUACUCUGCUUCAGAGGAGGCUCUGCUGAGGCUGCUGCCAGUGGUCAAAGCCUCCAACAAAUCUCUCUUGGGUGGCUGUAACCUCUCAGAGAGAAGCUGUAAAGCUCUAUCAUCAGUUCUCAGCUCCCAGUCCUCCUGUCUGAGAGAGUUGGACCUGAGUAACAACAACCUGCAGGAUUCAGGAGUGAAGCUUCUGUCUGCUGGACUCCAGAGUCCAUACUGUAAACUGGAAGGUCUCAGUCUGUCAGGCUGUCUGAUCACAGAGGAAGGCUGUACUUCUCUCGCCUCAGCUCUGAGCUCCAACCCCUCCCAUCUGAGAGAGCUGGACCUGAGCUACAAUCAUCCAGGAGACUCAGGAAUGAAGCUGCUGUUGGCUGGACCGAAGGAUCCACGCUGGAGACUGGACACUCUCAGGGCGGAGCCUGCUGGAGUGCGAUGGCUGAUCCCAGGUCUGAGGAAGUAUUCCUGUCAACUCACAAUCGACACAAACACAGUACACACAAAGCUACAACUGUCUGACAACAACAGGAAGGUGACACGUGUGGAGGAGGUUCAGUCAUAUCCUGAUCAUCCACACAGGUUUGAAUACUGGGCUCAGCUGCUGUGCAGAGAUGGUCUGACUGGUCGCUGUUACUGGGAGGUCGAGUGCAGAGGAGAGGUUUAUAUAUCAGUGAGUUAUGGAACACUCCCCAGGAGAGGUCGCACCGACUCGGAGUUUGGAUUUAACAAUCAGUCUUGGAGUCUGUACUGUUCUGAUGAAGGUCCUCUUUACAUCUGGUACGAUAACAGAAAAACAGUCCUCUCCUCCUCCUCUUCCUCCUCCUCCUCCUCCUCCUCUGUCUCUAACAGAGUAGCAGUGUAUGUGGACUGUCCUGCUGGCACUCUGUCCUUCUACAGAGUCUCCUCUGACACUCUGAUCCACCUCCACACCUUCAACACCACAUUCACUGAACCUCUUUAUCCUGGGUUUGCAAUCUGGUCUCCUGGUUCCUCAGCAUCUCUGUGCUGAGUUUAGUGUAAAGAGCGUCCUCCUGUUAGAGAAACUCUGACUGUUGAACAGAUAGUUCAGUCUGUACAUGUCUGUCUCUUUCACUCACAAACACGUUUUCACAUUCAUGGAUUCAAUCAGUUGAUGUU